AUGUUCGCCGAAAAGGAAUCGAAAGAGUACAAGCGACUCAUGUCGAAGAAAGUGUUCAAUGCGACUAUCCAGGUACUAGAAUCACCAAAUUGUCAAUGCUUAUCAAAUUUCAGGACCACUUUGAUGCAAAUAUUUUCAUUUAUGCCAUCAUCACGUUCGUUUUCAAUCUAACGAUUUUAGCGGACUGCGUGUGAGUUUUUGACAACUUAUUCGGAAAAGGUAAGUUUUUCGAGUUUAGAAACGCACUCGUGUUUAACGGUUUGGACCAAGGUUUGCGAAAAGAAGCGCAGUUUGAAACGUUUGUCCGUGUAUUGACUCCAACCGUUUAUACAGUCUGUUCGUUAUUGAGGUCAGUAUCUACAUUUGAAGUUUUAGAUUGUUGUGACGCUCCUCACUUUCUUUGCUUAUCGCUUCUCUCCCAAGUGCUUUUGCACUUUCUCUUUUUUGGUGGUCAGUUUACGAAUUCGACGAGCAACUCUCAGCGUGUAUUCACUUUUUUCAGGCGGCUCAACCGUUCCUCGUGCUCUUUCAGCUGUUCAAUCCGUACUACGACUAUGCAAUGAGCCCAACUCGAGAGAAAGUGUUGUCUGCCUCGAAAUGUACGCUUGCUCAUCUAUUUUAAAAAGAAAUGCUAUCGCUUGUUUGCAGACACAAGCAUCGUCGUGAUUCUGAUGCUCCCCUUCUUCGUCCUCAACUCCAUCUAUUGUGCUGUGGUUCUGUUCAAAAUGAGGUGAGCCUGAGAUAUCCGAUAUAUUGUCUGUCAAUUUCUUUUUCAGUUGCAUGAAACUAAAAGUGUACAAUGGCGACGAUGUGUACGACGUGAUUUACGGAGGAGAGGACACUUGCACCAAGAAAUUACUAUCGUGA